CAUCUGUGCAAUUGCAGAGUUUUCGAGCGUCAGCUUUAGCAUCAGAGUACCGUAGACCACAUUCUUUGCAUGGUAUUCGGUGCUCAGCUGGAGCAAUUUGCGAUACAGAAGUGGCAGCGAUACCUUUGUGCCGUGGAUGGGUGGAACGUCUGCUACGAUGACGACGAGCAUCGCUAGAGUUCACGCCAAUGCAUGCGCUGAACGGCCUAGAGAGUACUGGGAUUAUGAUAACUUUCAGAUACAGUGGAGUGGACAGGAUAAUUAUGAGAUAGUAAGGAAGGUCGGGCGGGGAAAGUACUCUGAAGUGUUCGAGGGGGUCAACAUUGCCACGAACGAGAAAUGCUGCAUCAAGGUAUUGAAGCCCGUAAAGAAACGAAAAAUUAAGCGAGAAAUCAAGAUCUUGCAAAACUUGGCGGGAGGACCGAACGUCAUUCGUCUCCUGGAUGUCGUGAGAGAACCUCAAUCAAAAACACCAGCUCUAAUUUUCGAAAAUAUCAACAAUGUAGAGUUUAAAGUCCUGUAUCCAAAGCUGUCCGACUACGAAGUCCGCUAUUACAUAUUUGAACUGCUAAAGGCGUUAGAGUUCUGUCACUCUCGAGGAAUCAUGCAUCGCGACGUUAAACCUCAUAAUGUGAUGAUUGACCACGAGAAAAAGACGCUUCGACUUAUAGACUGGGGAUUAGCGGAAUUUUAUCAUCCCGGCACAGAAUACAACGUGCGCGUGGCAUCAAGAUAUUUUAAGGGUCCGGAGCUGUUGGUUGACUUUCAGGAAUACGAUUACUCUCUGGAUAUGUGGAGCUUGGGGUGCAUGUUUGCGAGUAUGAUAUUCCGCAAAGAACCUUUCUUUCAUGGUCAUGAUAAUUACGAUCAGCUUGUCAAGAUAGCAAAAGUCCUAGGGACCGAUGAGCUGUUUGCAUAUCUGGAGAAGUAUCGCAUUGAACUGGAUCAGAGAUUUGACGAAAUUUUGGGGAGGUAUCCGCGCAAGCCUUGGCGAAAGUUUGUAAACACAGACAACGAACGCUAUAUUUCAGACGAGGCGAUCGACUUUCUAGACAAAUUACUACGAUAUGACCAUCAAGAACGGCUCACGCCACAGGAGGCAAUGGCACAUCCUUACUUUGAUCCAGUGCGGCCAAAAGAUUGGCAACCCGGUCAAUCAAGCGCUUGAUACUUCACCUGGACAAUGAUUGAUGCCGACUGGUGCGAUGUAUCUUCAUUCAUUGUGAAUAUUAUGUUUCCUCUAGCGCAACUGUGCAUUACACAUAUUACCGAUAGAAAUCUGUCAUUACUGCCA